AUGGUAAGUGGAACGGGCCCAGCACCGAAUCAGGCUGACACUGUAGCAUUCUGGCGCGGGCUGUGGUCAGAGCCCGUAAACCACAGCGAGGGCCCUUGGACGGAAGUUGUGGCGAGUCAGUGUGCGAGUAUAACGCCCAUGGACCCCGUCAUUAUAACACCGGAUGACGUAGCUGAGGCGGUCCGUAGGGCCCCGAACUGGAAAAGUUCGGGACUCGACGGGCUGCAUCACUACUGGCUGAAGGAGUUCGUGGUGUGUCACACUGUGCUCGCCCGACAGUUUCAAGAGGCUCUCAACCAGAAGUAG